AUGGCGAAGUUCAUCAUUCUAGUAACCGUGCUAGCCGCCCUUCUCUUGGUUGCAAACGCUAGAGAAUCAAAACAGGAGCAACAGAGUUGCAAGGAGCAACUCCAGAGGGUGAACCUGAAAAAAUGUGGGAAUUACAUAAAGGAGAAGCUUGAGGAGGAUCAGGAAGAGGAAGAGGAUCGUGUUCUUAGCUUCCGGGGAAUUCAUUCCUUAAGGCGUAAUAGUGACCGCAAGCAAUUAGAGAGCUGCUGCGAAGAGCUGAAUGAAUUGGAUAGCCCCAAAUGCCAGUGCCGUGCAUUGCAGAAGAUUUAUGAGAAGCAAAGUGAGAAAUUGGAGAGUAGUGAUGAGCAAGACUUGGAGGAAGAGGUCAAGAAUUUGCGUAGGGCAUGUGGCCUUGGACCCCUGCGAGGCUGUGAAUUGCGCAGUGAGGACUAA